UCCAUUCGAAUAUUUUAACCGGAAACGAGCACGUGCGCGUACCCGUAUUCUUUGUGUGGCAGCGUAGAGAAGCGCCAAAAGAGUGACCAUGGCUGAUGAAAAACCAAAGGAAGCAGUGAAGACAGAGAGCAACGAACACAUAAACCUGAAGGUGGCAGGUCAGGAUGGCUCUAUAGUGCAGUUCAAGAUCAAAAGACACACACCGCUCAUCAAACUCAUGAAGGCCUACUGUGAUCGACAGGGACUGUCCAUGAGGCAAAUCAGGUUCAGAUUUGAUGGCCAGCCAAUAAAUGAGACAGACACACCAUCGCAGUUGGAAAUGGAAGAUGAAGAUACAAUUGACGUGUUUCAACAACAGACGGGAGGCCUCAUUUAAUCCACUGCAUUGUUCACCAUUUUCCUUUUCAACACAACCAAGCUUCCCCGCCUGCGAGACACAGCGACUGCUUCUUUGACACUUGUCCCGUUGUCUCAACAGAUUUCCAUGCAGAAGAAGUUGUCCUUUCUGCUACACAAAACUGUUGUAUAGUAUUUUCAAACUUGCCCUUGCUACAUGUCUGUUUAUGUACAUAAACCACACCCAGGUCUUGUUUGUUCAUGCUGUGUUGUGGACAAUGUUAAGGACGUCCUCUCGCAAGGCAGCAGACAGAAUGAGACGAAAUACAACUGACUUUU